AUGGGGUACAUGGAGGGUAUUAACUAUAGUUACUAUACUAUAAUACAUCGGGAGGCAUUGGCUGCCAAGAAUUUACUGUCAAAUGUGGGGAAAAGUGAUUUUGACGAAAUCAUCAGUGAUGUGGUAAAGAUAGUGAAUAAUAUCCGUGCAAAAGCAAAAAAGAGUCGCAUGUUUGAACAGCUUUGCAAGGAAAUGGAUGCAGAAUUUUCUAAGCUCCUACUUCAUGCAGAAGUUCGUUGGCUGUCUUGUGGCAAAGUGUUGAACAGAUUUCUAACACUAAGAGAAGAAGUGUGUGUAUUUCUGACAGAAGAAGAAGACGAAAGGGCUGUCAAGCUCCAGGACAACUACUGGAUUGCCAGAUUAUCAUACAUGGCUUCUAUCUUUGAGAAACUGAAUCAAUUAAACCUAUCCCUUCAAGGCUUUGGUGGGGAUAUUUUUGAUGUCACUGGCAAGAUUGAAGCUUUCAAGUUAAAGAUUGGGUUAUGGAAAAGAAAAGUUGAAACUAAGGACUUCGCUAAUACCAGAUUAGCCAAUCUGGAAUCAUUGACACCUACUUUGCUAGAACUGUCCACUGAUUUUGCACAGAAGUCAUCAUUCCAUGAAUUCUCCUACUAUGGAGAUUUCUGGUGCUCACUUUUAGGAAUUCCAGAGUACCAAGAACUUGCACGAAUGGCCAUGACUUAUCUAGUGCGGAUGCCAACAACAUAUCUGGCAGAGAAAGGCUUCUCUAAUCUGGUGGAUAUUAAAACAAAAAAGCGAAACCAGUUACAAGAUGUGGAUUCUCUGAUGAGGGGGGCACUGGAAAGUGAAAUAAAACCUCGCUUUGAAAAGAUUGUUGGAACAAUGCAGCAGCAACCCAGCCACUGA